CACGUCUGCGCAUCCUACCGACAUCCAUCGCCUUCCAUUCCCUCUGUGCAGCUCAUCGAUGAUAUGCUCACCUCUGCUGGCCUUGUGAAGCUUGGCAGACAUCCUAGCGGGAGCUCAUGAACACCGUAGUCACGUCCAGGCGGCGCUGGACCGACUCCAGUAGCUCCUCUCCACGCCUGCUCCACCUCUUCUCCUUCCUCGUCUACCUCCUCGUCUCCACAUCCUUCUCCUCGGAGGCAAAGAGAUCGCAGCCGGUACAAGCAUCCGUACUAGCAGCUCAAGGGACAGCAGCCUCUGUAGCAGGCGUCGGUACGCCCCUGGAAGGAUACAGCCUCUCCUCGCUCGUACUCGUCAGCGCAAUUGAUGGCUCCCUCACAGCUCUGGAUCGCAGCACAGGCGAAACGCGCUGGAAUCUCAACAGCCGAGGUUCGAGCUUCUUCCAAGGUGGAUCAGCUGCAGAUGCAGAUGCUCUGACAGACCUGAGCUCGUCUGCCUUCACGCCUCUGGUCAGUACAGAGUAUGGAAAGCGACAUACCUCUCUCGCAGCCCUGCUCGCCGGAUCGGGAGCUAAUGACGAGGGCGGAAGGCCUGGCAAAGCUACGCAGGGAGGAGACCGGGAAGGCUUCGCCUUAGAUGGACUACCAACAAGGACAAGACAUCUUUUGCAGGCGGCUGGGAUGUACAUUGUCGAGCCUGGGUCCUCUGGUAGACUUUACCUUCUGACCUCAAGGCGAGAGGAGGAGGGCGAUGGGAGCUCUCCCGAGGGUGAAGCAGCCUUUGGUCAAGAGGCCAAAGCUCGGCUGCAGCGCGUGCCGUUGACUCUGCCGGAGCUGGUGGGCCUUUCUCCCUUUUCCUUCCCUGGUGACAAGGGAAGGGUAUUUACAGGUACAAAACGGACCAGACUGCUUCGUAUCGACCCUUUGACAGGGCAGCUGGACCGGAGCUGGGAGGCCGAUGGGAGCGAGACGCCUAGUGAUACAGGAUAUGAAGACGAGAGCCAACGUGACGACUACAGAUGGGCCUACCUAGCAAGAACAGAUUAUACCCUCUCCAUCUCCCUACCACGUCGUCCUCAUCUAUCGCAGACACUCCACUACUCCACUUAUGCUCCUCAGUCAUCUGACGGUGAAGUCUCGUCGAGCUGGCUGCAAACAUACACAAAUGCUCGUCUACGCGGCGGCCGAUCGCCUGGACUCGCAGCAGAUGAUGGACAGCUCAUCUUACCCACUGGACUGGGCUCAGAGGGCAGAGAACGAGCGAAAGUGUCAGGCUGGAAUUCGACGCGAGGUUCUCUUGACCACGCCUGGACGAGAGACAUUGAUAGUCAGGUAGUUGACAUCUUCGAUCUACUGCUACCGCGAAAGACCUCACGGCCUUCUCACACUCAUCCUGUCAUCGUCCCGCACCCUCCCUUUGCGCUUUCUGAGAAGACCGUUGCCGGCAGCCCGGAUUUUGCGGGAGACGACAUCAAUGCGGCAGAGGAAGACACGCUCCUGACCUUCUCCCCUUCAACCGGUUCUCUCUACGCCCUCUCGUCCCGCCGCUUCCCUGGCGUGGUGAAGGAAGUCACACCAGCUCUGGCCGGCCUAGAGGAGGCCGAUAGACGUUCGCAGGCACUCACACCUGGAGGAGGAGGAGGCACGCGAAGAGGAGGUCAUCAUCACCCAAUGGAGUGCACAACUUUCGGCUGCUGGCUGGGCAGAUAUAAAGUCAAUGAAGAGGUAUUCGGAGAUCAGGAGCAGACGAGGAAAUUGCUUGGGCCGGGCAGGGGCCGCCCUACUCUGGACGGCAGUCAUGAUUACCAAGGACCCUUACCUCCUCCGCUCGGCCUACCUGAAGGCUCUUCGAGAUCUGCAGAAGCUCAAAGGCAGCCAACACUGCCUUCGCAUCAAGACUCGCCUACCUUUGCGGAGCGCACAGUAUUGACUCUGAAGAGGCUUGGCACCUCCAAAAAGGCAUUGGCUACCCAGGCUUUUGCGCUGCUCUUCUUUGUUGGCUUUGCCAUCUUGUUCAGGAGAGGGACACAGAUUCGCGAACAGCUCGAUAUGCAGAAGAGUUCCCAGAUUGUGCGGGAGUCGGGCCUGAUGUGGGACCCGCGCUUGCCGGCUUCGAAUGGAGCAGAGGCUAUUGAGCUCUCCAAGGGCUCGUCAGCCGCCAACAUAGCAGAGGAGGAGCCUGCGUCUCACAAAGCGGCACAAGUGGAAUUUGACCCUGCGGCGACACCGAAGAAGCAAGGUGGCAUUGUCCCACCAGUUGACCACGAGGCAGCUGCUAGAGCUCUCCUCGCAGAAGAAGAGGCAGACGCCAGCGUAGCGUCAAUCGGCAAGAAGAAGCGGCGGAAGAGAGGGAAGCGUUCUGGAGCGGCAGUAAAGGCCAAGGCGAAUGGGGCUGCUGUUCCGAAUGGAGAUGAUGAGAGCGGUUCUGAGGAUGAGCGCGAGGGCGCGGCUACCAAAGAGCCAAACGGGCAAGGGAAGGAGCACAACCCGCCUGCUGCUCCAGCGCCCUCUGAGCUGCAACGUGCGGACAAAGUCCUGCAGAAAGAAGAUGCUCCUUCAGAUCUUAGCCCAGCUGUGGCUGUGGCUGCUGCAGCCGCUAUGCCAGGUCCAACCACUUCAACGUCAGCUCUGGAGAUCUCAGGCGAGGUACUCGGUUACGGUUCGUCGGGUACGGUUGUCUUCAAGGGCAAGUUCCAGUCAAGGCUCGUAGCCGUGAAGCGUCUGCUGGUCGACUUUGUCCACCUAGCCUCGCAGGAGAUCUCCCUGUUGGAGUCAGCGGAUGACCAUCCUAAUGUGAUCCGCUACUUCUACAAAGAGCAGAAGGCCAACUUCCUCUUCAUCGCUCUGGAGCUCUGUCCGGCUUCACUGGCGGAUGUGGUUGAGCGGCCAGACGAGUGGAAGGACCUGGCGGUGCGGUUAGAGCCCAAGAAGGCCAUUGCGCAGAUCGCCAGCGGUCUACGGCACCUGCACGGGCUCAGUAUCGUCCAUCGAGACAUCAAGCCUCAGAACAUCCUCGUGACCUACAAAGAUCCCCACCAACCUUCGACGUCUGCAUUGAAGAUGCUGCUGAGCGACUUUGGUCUUUCGAAAAGAUUAGACUCGGUUGCACAGAGUAGCUUCUCGCAGACGAUGCAUCACCCUGGCGGCACGGCGGGGUGGCGAGCUCCUGAAAUUCUCAGCGGUGAGGUCAGUCUCGAUGAAGGCGGCAGUAGUGCCAGCACCUCUACCUCGACUAGCAUCGCCGGUCCUACAUCCGUCCGGAGCGCAGCGCCUAGGAUGAGGCUGACGAGGGGCGUGGACAUCUUUGCGCUGGGCUGCGUGACGUACUAUCUCCUCACCUCCGGGGACCAUCCUUUCGGCGCGCGGUACGAGCGCGAGGUCAACAUUCUCCGCAACCAGAAGAACCUCUCGCGUCUCGGCGCCUUUGGAGAGGAAGGGGUCGAGGCUUCUCACCUGAUCACUGCGAUGAUCGAUUGUGAUCCGACCAAGAGGCCGCGAGCGAAUCAGGUGCUGGCACAUCCUUACUUUUGGGAUGCUGGCAAGAGAUUGGCUUUCCUCCAGGAUGUGAGCGAUCGAUUGGAGGUCAUCGAUAGAGAGAAGGACCGGGCGGGCGCUCAGCAGCUCGCUUCUAGCCUCGUCGCCAACGGCAUGGCCGGCAAUGGCAGCGGUGGUGGCGGCAGUAGUAGCAGUAGAGACUCAGCACUGGGCCCGCCCUCUAGCUCAAUGUCAGCAGUCGCAGUUGCGGAGAGCGAGCUGAUCCGGCAACUCGAAGUGGGAGCGAGGGAAGUCACUGCAGGCGGUGACUGGACAAAGAAGGUGGACAAGGCAUUCAUGGAUGAUCUGGGCAAGUGGCGAAAGUACCAUGGGAACAGUGUAAGAGACCUUUUGAGAGCACUGCGCAAUAAGAAACACCACUACCAAGACAUGCCUCCAGCGCUGCGACGCUCCAUGGGGCAUCUACCCGAUGGGUUCCUCAGCUACUUCACACGUCGCUUCCCGCGCUUGUUCCUGCACGUGUACGAAGUCGUGGCAAGGGACGGAUUUGUCAAGUCGGAGACGUCGUUUAGGGAAUACUUCGCACGACCAGAGGAAGACUGAGGCCAGUGUAACAUCUGGUCUCAACUUCGACACCACCCCUUGUACAAAUUCAAAAUGCCCACUGCUCACGCG